AUGUCGGAGUUGGUUUACUUUCCAAUCACUGAUGCUGCGCUGCGAAACCUUGCUUUCAAUAUUUUUUUCCUGGUGCUCGCGACCGUCGCCGUUGUCGCACGGUUAUUGUCCCGAAUCAACUCCUGCUUGGCAUUCUGGUGGGAUGACUGGCUUCUCGUCAUAGCCUGGGUGCUUGCAGACCUCGACAUCGGCCGCUUCAAAACAAACAAACGCUCAAGAAAGCUAACACUCAAGCUUCAUCCCGACGAAGUGAGUUUCCAUGGUAUCGGGUACGACCAAAGCAAAACGGCAGUAAACCUGUCCGUUAUGCGUCCACUUCAGGUCACUUUCAAAUCCUCCUAUCUCGUCUCGCUGGCAUGCAUCAAGACAAGCAUCAUUUGCUUGUACAUGCGCAUCUUCACUAUGCACGGUCACGUCCGUCUCUUUUCCUACCUGGCCUUGUCUCUGAUAAUUGCCUGGGGUCUCAGUUUCUGGAUUGCGAGAAUGGCGAUUUGCCAGCCCCUUUUGCAGCCUGUCAAACAUUGCGGCGAUGAACAGGCCCUUGUCCACGCCAUGAAUGCGACCAAUAUCGUGACCGACCUCAUAAUUAUCGCCAUUCCGCAGUACCCGAUUUGGCGUCUCCAACUGCCGCUGAGGGACAAGCUGGGUCUCAUGUCCUGCUUUUUUGUUGGCGUCGUCUGCAUCGUUGUCGCCAUCUUCCGCAUACUCAACAACCUCAAAAACGAUUUCAAACAUGACGAGAUGGAAAACCUCGCCAGGACGACACUGCUCACGAGUCUUGAGCCAUCACCAUUCACAGAAAUGUUCUUCGCCGCCGCCGCCGCCGCAGCAGCAGCAGCAGCAGCGCUCCUCUCUACCGUGGCCCUCGCCCACUCACACAUCCCAUACAUCAUCAUCAACGGCGAGCAGUUCCCAGGCCACGACCCCAAGGCCACCAGCAACCCACCCAACAUCAUCGGCUGGACGGCCAAGAACACGGACGACGGGCCCGUCAACGCGACGCUCUACUCGAACCCAGACAUCAUCUGCCACCGCGCCGCGACGCCCGCGACGGCGCACGCGCCCGUCCGCGCCGGCGACUCGAUCCACAUCCAGUGGAACGGGUGGCCCGCCAACCACGUCGGGCCGGUGCUGACGUACCUGGCGAGGUGCGAAGGCGAGGCCGGCUGCGCGGACGUCGACAAGCAGGCGCUGGGCUUCUUCAAGAUCGACGACAGCGCGCCCGCGCUGCUGGACCAGAGCAACGGCCCGCCGGGCAGGUGGGCGAGCGACGUCGUCAUCGCCAACAACAACAGCUGGACCGUCACGGUGCCCGGGGGGACGGCGCCCGGCGCGUACGUGAUGCGCCACGAGCUCAUCGCGCUGCACUUUGCGGCCGAGAAGGGCGGGGCGCAGAACUACCCGUUUUGUUUGAACCUGUGGGUGUUGGGGCGAGAGGAUGGUGCCGGGGGCGAUACCUGGAGGUUCGGGGCUGUGGGCUACGGCGAGGGCGUGCCUGCUACCCAGAUGUAUCGGAGUGACGACCCGGGGGUGAAUGUCGACGUCACCGUGCCGAGGAAGACGUACGUCAUCCCCGGGCCCACGGUUGUCAGCGGUGCCGCUCCGGUCCGGCCUGCGGAUCAGACAAAGAGCAUCGCCACAGCGUACGGGACGCCCGUGGCGAUUGUGAGUUGGACUGCCACGGUGCCCAUGCCGAUGGGCGAGACGCCUGUGCCGGGGCGAAGAUGGUGA